GCCGACAAGCGGCCGGCCGCAAGAUGUCCGGCGUCGGCGCCCUCUUCCUGGCCGCCUUCCUGCUCUGCUCACCCGACGCCAACCGGGCCCGACCCGCCGACGCCCGAACGCGGCGCUCGGUGACGCACGCGCAGCUGAUGCACGACAAAGGCCGCACGCUGCAGGACUUCAAGCGCCGCAUGUGGCUGCAGGAGCUCCUGGACGAGGUGCACACGGCCGAGAUCCGCCAGCUGCCGCCUCCGCCGCCGCCGCCGCCGCUCUCCAAGGCCCCCCCGGCGCCGGGCAAGGGCCUGCCGUCGGACUGGUCGGCCGAGGAGCGCCAGACCACCAACCUGCCGCAGGAAACCCACGACAGCUCCAAGGAGGCCAAGCGGCGCAAGAAAGGACGCCCCGGCAAGAGGAAGGACGUCGACAAGAGGAAGAGGAGGGCUCGGUCCCCGCCGCCGCCGCCCGCUCCCGGCUGGCCUCCGGCGCGGAGGCGCGGGAAGCUCCUCUGAGCGCAGAAGCCCGCGUCGAGUGGAGUGGAGUGGAGUGGACGCCUAAACAGUCGUCUUGCUGUUUGGAAAGAGAAGAGAAAGACGAAUAUUUAUUGUGUACAUAGAAAGCAGUAGUCUAGGAAGUGACCCGAAUAU